CAUGUUGUGGGUGUGUGUGUUGUGCAAGUCAAAAAUUACCAAUUCUUCGCUUACACAUCAAAUGGCAGUCGUGUAAAUAAAUAACAAAUUUCUUAAAUUUAAUUGUAAAAAUUACUCUGCAAAAUGACGGAAAAGAUCACAUUGGCCGAUGCGUUGUCCAAUGUGGAAGUGCUCGACGAGCUGUCGCUGCCUGAUGAGCAGCCUUGCAUUGAAGCGCAACCAUGUUCAAUUAUAUACAAAGCCAACUUUGAUACAAAUUUUGAGGAUCGCAAUGGAUUUGUUACGGGCAUAGCUAAAUAUAUCGAAGAGGCGACCACACAUGCUAAUCUGAAUGUUUUGCUCGAUGAGGGACAAAAGCAUGCGGUUAUGCUUUACACUUGGCGGUGCUGCUCGCGCGCCAUACCUCAACCAAAAUCCAAUGAGCAACCUAAUCGUGUGGAAAUUUAUGAAAAAACUGUGGAGGUACUCGCACCAGAGGUCAACAAAUUACUCAAUUUUAUGUACUUCCAACGCAAAGCCAUUGAAGCGUUUUCGGGUGAGGUAAAGCGCUUGUGUCAUGCCGAAAAGCGCAAGGAUUUCGUCUCAGAAGCUUACUUGCUAACAUUGGGUAAAUUCAUUAACAUGUUUGCCGUGCUGGACGAAUUGAAGAAUAUGAAAUCGAGCGUGAAGAAUGACUACAGUACAUAUCGGCGUGCGGCACAAUUCCUCAAAGUCAUGUCGGACUCGCACACAUUACAGGAAUCACAAAAUUUAUCAAUGUUUCUUGCUACUCAAAACAAAAUACGCGACACGGUUAAAGAUACGCUCGAAAAAAUUGUUGGCUACGAAGAUUUGCUCUCGGAUGUGGUAAACAUUUGUGUGCAUAUGUUCGAAACGAAAAUGUAUUUGACGCCAGAGGAAAAGCACAUGCUGGUGAAAGUAAUGGGUUUCGGCCUAUUUCUGAUGGAUAGCGAUGGCUGUAAUAUAAACAAAUUGGAUCAGAAGAAGAAGAUACGUUUGGAUCGUAUAGAUCGCAUUUUCAAAAAUUUGGAGGUGGUGCCACUAUUUGGUGAUAUGCAAAUUGCCCCAUUUAAUUAUAUAAAACGCAGCAAACAUUUCGACUCGAGUAAAUGGCCGCUGUCCAGCUCGAAUGCAAUCAGUCCACAAGCUGAUCUAAUGGUGCAUUUGCCACAAAUACGCGAAGAUCAUGUGAAGUACAUUUCCGAACUGGCGCGCUACACUAACGAGGUGACAACAACGGUCAAAGAGAAUCCAACGGAUGCCGAAAAUCGUGCAACAUCUGAUUUAGCGCUGCGUGGGUUGCAACUGCUCUCCGAGUGGACAAGUGUGGUAACUGAAUUGUACUCAUGGAAACUGCUACACCCAACCGAUCAUCACCAAAACAAGGAAUGCCCUGUGGAAGCAGAGGAAUAUGAACGUGCAACGCGCUAUAAUUACACUUCUGAAGAAAAGUUUGCACUUAUUGAAGUAAUUGCAAUGAUUAAGGGAUUGCAGGUUUUAAUGGCCCGCAUCGAAACCGUACUUUGCGAGGCGAUACGUCGCAAUAUCUAUGCCGAGCUGCAGGACUUUGUGCAGCUAACAUUGCGUGAACCGCUGCGUAAAGCUGUCAAAAACAAAAAGGAUUUGAUACGCAGUAUUAUAAUGUCUGUGCGUGAGACCGCUGCCGAUUGGCAGAAGGGCCAUGAGCCGCUAGACGAUCCUGCCGGAAAGGGCAAAAAGGACCCUGACGGAGGUUUUCGCAUUCAAGUGCCACGCCUGAAUGUCGGCCCUUCAUCCACUCAAUUGUAUAUGGUGCGCACUAUGCUGGAGUCGUUGAUUGCUGACAAAAGUGGUGGCAAGCGCACGCUGCGCAAAGACAUUGAUGGCAAUUGCCUUAUGCAAAUUGAUACUUUUCACAAAACCUCAUUCUACUGGAGUUAUUUGCUUAACUUCAGUGACACACUGCAAAAAUGCUGCGAUCUUUCGCAAUUGUGGUAUCGUGAGUUUUAUUUGGAAAUGACAAUGGGGCGUAAGGUGAACAAGUGUAUGGUGAAGCAUCAACACAAUGAGGAGUGCAAAGAUUUGAUUACCAUGGAAAAGCGUAUACAGUUUCCAAUUGAGAUGUCUAUGCCAUGGAUAUUAACCGAUCACAUAUUGCAAACGAAGGAGCCUUCAAUGAUGGAAUUCGUUUUAUAUCCACUGGAUUUGUACAACGACUCGGCACAUUAUGCUCUGACGGUAUUUCGCAAACAAUUUCUGUAUGACGAAGUGGAAGCAGAAGUCAAUUUGUGUUUUGAUCAGUUUGUUUACAAGCUAAGCGAACAAAUUUUCGCACAUUACAAACAAUUAGCGGGCAGUAUUUUUCUGGACAAACGUUUUCGUUUGGAGUGCGAGGUUCUAGGUUUUAAUUUCCAUUCAUAUCCGCGAAAUAAUCGCUAUGAGACGCUGUUAAAGCAACGGCAUGUGCAAUUACUAGGUCGCUCCAUUGACUUAAAUAAACUCAUAAAUCAGCGCAUCAACGCAAAUAUGCACAAAAGUGUGGAGUUGGCAAUCUGCCGCUUUGAAGGCAAUGACAUAACGGGCAUUGUGGAACUCGAAGGCCUUUUGGAAGCUAAUCGCAUUUGUCACAAAUUACUUAGCAAAUAUUUAGCGUUGGACAAUUUUGAUGCCAUGGUAAAGGAGGCCAAUCACAACGUACUAGCGCCUUAUGGCCGCAUCACUUUGCAUGUGUUUGUGGAAUUGAAUUAUGACUUUUUGGUUAACUACUGCUACAAUGCGGCAACCAAUCGGUUCGUACGCAGUAAAGUGAAUUUAGCCUCAUCACAGCCCAUACAACGUGAGAAACCACCGCAAAUGGCACAUUUUUAUUUGUGGGGAUCGAAGCAGUUGAAUGCCGCCUACUCCACACAAUACGGCCAGUAUACGGGCUUCAUUGGUGCACCCCAUUUUCAUGCGAUGUGUCGUUUGCUCGGCUAUCAGGGUAUUGCCGUGGUCAUGGACAUCAUAUUGAAGGAUAUUGUAAAGCCACUAAUACAGGGCACGCUGUUGCAAUUCACCAAAACCUUAAUGGGUGCAAUGCCGAAAUCUUGCAAACUGCCGCGUUGCGAAUACGGCUCACCGGGUGUGUUGAGUUAUUAUCAAGCGCACCUCACAGAUAUUGUCCAGUAUCCGGACACAAAGACCGAUCUGUUUCAGUCGUUCCGUGAGCUGGGAAAUUGUAUUAUUUUCUGCUUGCUUAUCGAGCAGGCCCUAUCGCAGGAAGAGGUGUGUGAUUUGUUGCAUGCAGCGCUCUUCCAAAAUAUAUUCCCGCGCCCAUUUUGCAAAGAAAAUGAAAAACCUGAAGCCAAACAGAAGCGUUUGGAGGCGCAGUUCGCUAAUUUGCAGAUCGUAUCUAAUGUAGAAAAAAUUGGCAAUGCAAAGCAAGCCAUGAUUGCCCGCGAAGGUGAUUUGUUAACACGCGAACGCCUCUGCUGUGGUUUGAGUAUUUUCGAGGUGAUACUCAAUCGCAUCAAAAGCUAUUUGGAUGAUCCCGUCUGGAGUGGGCCGCCACCGGCAAAUGGCAUCAUACACGUCGACGAGUGCUCUGAAUUCCAUCGCUUGUGGUCAGCGCUGCAAUUUGUUUAUUGCAUACCAGUACGCGGCACAGAGUACACCAUUGAGGAGCUGUUUGGCGAGGGCUUAAAUUGGGCCGGUUGCGCCAUGAUUGUACUGCUGGGCCAACAGCGACGUUUUGAGGCUUUGGACUUUUGCUAUCAUAUUUUGCGCGUACAACGCGUUGAUGGCAAAGACGAGGAUGUAAAGGGAAUUAAACUGAAACGCAUGGUUGACCGCAUACGCCGCUUUCAAGUAUUAAACUCACAAAUAUUUGCUAUACUCAAUAAAUAUCUCAAAGGUGGCGAUGGCGAGGGCUCCAACGUGGAGCACGUACGCUGCUUUCCGCCGCCACAGCAUCCCACAAUGAUUUCCUCACACUACCAAGAUCCGAAUAAAUUGCGUCAGAGUAUGACAAAUAAUUAAACGAAUACACACUAAUUAUUAAAUAUCUCCUCUAUCUAUUAUUAAAAUUAUUAUAUAUAAAUUAUUGUAAUGGUAUGCUAGAUACACUUGUAAGGGUACAUAUAAAGCUUAUUGAAUUUAUAUAUGUAUGUAUGUAUUAUUUAAGCAGUACAAUUUUCUUUUUCUUAAACUAAAGUUGAAUUUAAUACGAAACAAUCAAAAUUUUUUAUUCGCAUACAAUGAACAUUUUUUCUCAAAACUCAACUACAUAUUUUGCAAAAAUAUUUAUUUAUACAAUUAAUAAGCUAUAGGAGCGCAGCAUUUGAAAUUCAACUCUAAUAAGAUUUAUGAUUAUUAAUGAUUGGCUAUUGAAUGCUAUGCGGAAAUAAUGGGAGAAAGUAGGCCAAAGAUUAUACAACAAAAAAUAAGGCAAGAAAUUAUAUUUGGCUUUAAAUAGCGAACAGUGUUUACAAUAAUUACAAUAAUACCCGAAUAUUUACAUAUACAUAUACAUAUGUAUUAGGUAGACAGAAACCAAACCUUUAAGGCGCAACAAAAAAACAAAAAUAUGUUCAAAAAUAUUGCAUUCAGUAAUUUCGCUUGUAUGGAAUUGUUUAAACUGCAUUUAUCGCAGAUCAAAGUAUGAAUUGAAAAAGCAAAAAAACAAAAAAAAAUGCGUGCAUAUUAGAAUUGCAUUUACAAGAAAUUAGUACAUGUCUCAGAAGGCGAAUCAAUAUUCCAUAUGUUUAAAAAUGCUGAUAAAUAAACAUUUUACACAUUUUCUAACAA